ACAUUCACUCUGGACGGAAAACAGGGAUGGAAGUAUAGUCGGAGAGGGUCUCAACACACUCUAUCGUUGAAAAAACAUAGGAUGUCCGAACAAACUGAUUUUUAUAUGAUUUUUAAGAUGUUUUUGUGAGUGCGUUGAAAAAACAAAGUCAGUCUGUGUCGAUAAGGCAACGGGAUGACACAUAGUCAGCUCUGAUGCGAAAAAAUCUUAUUUUGUUUUUCAGUUGAUUUUUUGUGUUUCCGACGGUGAAAUUAUCGAAAUUAUUUUUUUGAAAUAAAAACCAAGCCAUCGAUUUUCGAACAUUUUCUAACAUCAUAGUGUUUUUGAAAAUUAUAUUGUGUGAACAUACAGUCAAUUAUUUCAACGCCAAAAUAAACUAACAUUUUCAUAGAAAGUACGGUUGUCUUCCUUUUCAUCUAACCGGAAUUUAGCUUCUAAGACGUAGUGUCUCAUCAAGCUACUUGAGAUUGUACAACACUUUCGAAUUUAAAGUUUUCGGCAAAUUGGUUAAUCGUAUUUGAAGCAGCAGUUCAUAAAACAAAUUAUGCAUAGCUGGGAUACAAUGCAACAAAGUACCAAUUACGAGCAAGGCUGGUGUGAAACCACGACAAGCGCAGGAAGCACCCACAUCAAAGCCGAGCCACAGGGCAACGAAGCAAGAUUUGAUCCCAUCGAUAUCAAAGCAAGCAACAACAACAACACAAUGAUGCUCAAUACAGCUGGUUCUCAGCGCAAUAGUGAAUCGAACCCAACGUCUCCGCAUAGUGUGGGAAGCGAUGAAUCAGUAGUCAAUCAUCCGAAUAUGUACUACAAUGAAACACUCCAUUCUCUAAUAAAUGGCAGUCAGUCACAGCGACCGUUGGGAUUUAAUCCAUUGACGCCACCUGGCUAUCCAAACGCCUGUUUGCGAUCAACGACUGAUGUAAAUAUGCAGGAAUCUAUGCUCCCUACAACGCCAUCGAGACGAUUUGCAAAAGUUGAACCUGUAUUCAAUUCAACUUCAUUAACCCCCAUUCACACACCACCAAUGGACCAAACGCCACCAAAAUCACCAAAGUUCCGCAGUGAUGUUUCCGAAAAGGAUGCCACCGACAUUGAAAACGGAUCCAUUUCCGGUGACGAUUCAAAGUCGUUCUAUAGCGAUUACAACCAAGAAAUCUCUCUACCAAAGGUAAACUCACAUGGCAAAGUUAAAACACAUAAAUGUAAACAUUGCGCAUACGUUGGUGUGACAAAGAAAGACUUCUGGGAACAUCAGCGUCAACACAUCAAACCCGAACGACAAAUCCAAUGCACCAAAUGUCCGUUUGUUACCGAAUUCAAACAUCACUUCGAAUACCAUGUGCGCAACCACGAUGGCGAUAAACCGUUCAAAUGCCCCGAAUGUACUUAUUCAUGCGUGAACAAAUCGAUGUUGAACUCUCAUCUCAAAUCACACUCUGAUGUUUACCAAUAUCGAUGCGAAAAUUGCAAUUACGCUACCAAAUAUGUUCAUUCGUUGAAAUUGCAUUUGCGUAAGUACGAUCAUCAUCCAGCUGUUCCGCUUGACCCAGAAGGCUGCCCAGAUACAGCACCAAUUAUCGAUGUGUAUGGAACACGACGUGGCCCGAAGAAACGUGCAGUUAAAACGCCUGGAAAACGAGAACAGAAGAAACAAAAUAAAUUGCAAAAGGUAAAAGAAGUCAGCCCGAAACUCGUUCCGCAAAUACAAUCAAAACAAUCGCAAGCCACACCACAAACACAACCACAACAACCUCCAGCACUUCCGAAUAUAGCAAUGUCGCUACCACCAUUCCUACCAAGUCACAUUGCAAACAUGUUGCCAUACUUGAAUUUGCAAAUGCUCGUGCAACAACAACAGGCUUUGGCCGCCGCACAACUAUCUCCAAAUCAAUUCCGCAAUGGAGCCGGACGUAGCUUUGAAAAUAUCGACUGUGAUGAGGACGAAGACGUGAACAUGAUCAAUGGCACAAUGAGUCGUUUGAAUGAUAUUCACAGUGAAUUGGAUAUCAACCAUCCAGAAUCGCCCACUUCAUCGGUACCGAAUAGUAAUUCAAGUUUGAACAACAGUCACAUGAGCAAAACCGUUGGCGAUGACGAUCAUCAUGUGCACCACAGUUCUCAAAACGACUGCCACGUAUCGAAAUCAGCCAACAAUUCGACCCCGGUACAAUACUCAGACCUAGACAAAUCACCGGAUAAUGGGACAACUGCAUCAUUAUCAAGCACACUGAAAAUGUUUGACUGCAAAUUUUGUGGAAUUUCAUUCCAAGACGCCGUUCUGCACACCAUUCAUAUGGGCUACCAUGGCUACAACGAUGUUUUCACGUGUAACAUGUGCGGUGAAAAGUGUUCGGAUCGCAUUUCAUUCAACUUACAUAUCGCCAAAAAACAGCAUUCAUAAGGGACGUGCGAGAAUAUUUGUAAGAUAUCAUAGCGUAUCAGGUUAUUGUUAAUCAAUAAUUGAACAUAUAGCUCGUCACGUGUACAAAAACUAAUUUAUUUGAAUCAAUCAAUAAGUAACUGGAGUCUUCUUUCGUGUCUCAUUCAAUCUACACAAGCAACAUACGAUUUUUUUCUUUCAAGAGAAAAGAUAAAACUAGUCGUUCAGUAUUUUAAUUUAUUUGUAUUUUAUUUAAAAUUCGGAUUUUCCUUUGCAUCGCAUGGAAGCAAUCAUUUUUUCAGGAAAUGUACAAGAACAGCUCCGUGAAGCGACAAGAUAGUUGAUGUAAAUUUGUAUAAAAUUACAGCAAAGCCCAAAAAUAGAAAUUGUAAGAGUUUUACCUUUAAUUUUGCAAGAGAAAUCUUGAGAUACCUAAGAGUUAUUUACUUUAUGAAAAAUAUUAUAAAAAGACGGUAAUUUCCAUUUUUUACUCUCUUUAAUUCAAUUUGAAUUGAAACCAAAUUGAAGUAGCAAUUAAAUACUGAUAAAUACCUCAUUAUGAGUAAUAAGAAAAAAAAUCAAAUAAGACGUCAAUAAUGGUUGUUUUCGCAACCAAUAGAGCACACUAAUCAAAAUAAAAACCGUUUUCUUCAAGAACAUACAAAUGAAGCAUAGAAUCUGAGGAUCUACCUCACAAAGAGUAUAUUUUUUAAGUCGAUUUUUUUCUGCCUGCAAAAUGGAAUGUAGGGAUGUUAUAAGAAAUAUCUGGAAAAAAAAUCAAUAAAAUAUAUGUGAAUUUGAUUUACAGCCACCCUCUCCAUUCGAACACAAUUGCCAUCAGAAUUGUUCGAAUGAAAUUCAUAAAUCACAAUUGAAUGGAUUUUUCUUUAACUUUGUUGAUUCAUUCAAAGAUUUUUUUUUCAUUCUGUGUUGCCCUGAUUUUGUAUUUGAAAACGUAGUCCGUAAGAUUAUGCAGCCAACCAAGUUCUGUAGUAAUAAACUAUUUAAAUUAUGAUUGAUAAGGAUAAGUGGCUGAAGUCAAAUGAACUAAAUAGACUAAAUAGUCGAAAAAAUAGACUUAAGUAUUUAGGUUUUAGAUUUUUGUUCCAAUUUCCAACGAACCACAUGAAAUAAAAGUAAAACGCGAACAUUACAUUUGAACAAA